AUGAUUGAUUAGAUUCUCUAAGAAGCAGAAAGCGGCAUUAUCCCAAAAUGGCCUCCAGUCAACAAUUAUUAGAUUAUUUAAGACCUCAUAGAUCUCACUUCUAAAGAAUCUGAGUUAAAUUACGAAAAAUAAAUUAUUGAUUUCUUUAAUGAGUUAAAAUAAUAGCUUUUCGCAAAAUUAGACAUUAUCUAAAAAUAAAUGAUCAACGAAACUCAUAAGUAUCCAAUAGAUAAUCAUCAAAUUAUCAAAAGAUAUUAAGAAAUUUCAAAUAUCCUUUAAUUUAAGCAACUUCUCAUGAAUGAAUAGGAAAAUAAUCUCUAAGAGCAUUCAACUCUUUGUAGGUAAUUCAUCUAACAAAUCGAAUCUUAAAAAGAUAAAAAUACUGAAUUAUUACAAAGUCUACUUACUUAAUCUAAUUAAAUAUAAAAAAGCUUCGAUUUAGAGUAUCCAAUUUUUAUUAAAUAGCAAUUAUUCACUUUGAUUGAUUCAAUUUCCUUCUUUAAUUAAGAUAAAUCAUAAGCCAGUAUAAACCAAAAUAAUUAAGGCACUUAGCAAUCGAACAUUGACACCUAAAAUAGUAAUAAAAUAACAGCUGAUUUAAUUAUGAAGUUGAUUUCAAAUAAAUCAAACUUUUGUUCUGAUUAAUUUAUAAAUGAAUUGAAUUCGAGUUUAUAAAAGCUAGAUCCUCUUCUUUAAUAAUUGAAAUUUAAAAAUAUUUUCUAAGAAAAUAAAGAGCCAAUAGAAUUUUCCAAAAUUAGUGAAGAAAAACUAAAUUUGAUUGAAGAGUAUGUUAAACAUUCUAUAAAAUUAACAUCUGAUUAAUAAUACCAAAACAUAACAAAGAAUAAAUUGGAAUUAAAGUAAAUUAAUGAAAUAAUGAAUUCUAAAAUGAAUUUCUUAGAUUAAGAAUUUAUUUAGAAAUUUGAAAAGUGGACUGUUGAUAUGUAACCAUUCUUAACAUAAAUAAAUUUCUAAAACUAUAUUUAAGAUAGAAAUAAAUUUGAUUUGCUUAAAAACUUGGGAAAUAAUAGAAUAAACGAUAUAAUUAUUACUGCUUAGAAGGGAUUAUUGUAUUUAAAUUUAGAUUUAUUUGGGACUGAAUAUUAAAAUGGACAAUAAGUAUUUGUAGUUAGGAAAAAUGCAAAUAAUGAAUACAUCAUUACAAAAAUAAAUAGUAAUGCUUUUACUUGUUGUAUUUCAAAUUUUGAUUUAAAAAAGAAUCUAAAAUAUGUUUUUAGGUUAAAACUUGAAAAAAUUAAUCAAGAAAACUUAUUUUAUGUAGGUCUAAUGAGAAAUUCUAUCUCUAAAAAUUAAGGUGGGUGGGAUGAUAAAUUGACUUGCUCACUAGAGAGCUAAAAUGAAUAUUUAAAAAAAAAUUAUAAUGAUGGAAUAAAUAUCUUACUUAAAGGAGAAAGUGAAUUUAAGGCAAAAAAAGAUGGUGUAAUAGAAAUACGAGUGUGCUUAAAAGAUAAAUUAUUAGAAGUGACUGAUUUUCCUAAUUAUCAAUAUAAACUAGGAUUGGAAGAUUAGUAUAAAUCUAAACUUGAAUAAUAUGAAGAUUUAAGAUUUUAUUUAGGUUUUGCAAAUUCUAAUAUCUAAAUAUGCUUAAAAGAUGUGGAAAUUGUUGAUGAGUUCAAAUAUUGA